AUGUCUCUGGACGAGCCGUGCUCUCCCUCCUCACGCCCCUCUUCUUCUUCUGGGCAUGGAAAUGAUCCCUCUACCAGCUCCUCUGUCCCUGGGGAAGUUGACAUCACGAAUUCUGUCCCUCGUCCCACCUCCUCCUCCUCUCCUGCCUUCUCCUCCGCACGAUCGUUCUCCAUCCGACGGCUGCUGUCUCGGUCGUCCGCCGGGGCGGCAGCUGCGGAUCCGACAGAAGGGACGGGGAUCGGCAGUCCCAAGGCAAGCAUCAAGGGGAAUUCAGGAAGAUCUCCCCGCACGUCUGCGGAUAUUUCUGCUCUGCAGACUCUAGGCCUGGGGUCGGACGCGCGCAUGCUGUUCACCCCGGAGAGCGUGACAGCACUGGAGAAGGCGAUGGCAGCGCGGGACAUGGCGCUCAUGAACCCCGUGCUCGUGCAGUCCUCCCUCACCUGCCGCCCCUUCUACGCCAUUUUGCACCGCCAAACCCACACCCCCUCCUCCUCUACUCCCUCCACUGCCGCCGCCUCCGCCGCUGCUGCUGCCGCCGCUGCUGCGAACGGCACUGGGGAAAGCAGCGCGCCUGCUGCUGCUACUGGCAAGGUCAAGCGCGGCACAAUUUUGAUUGAUCUCGAGCCGAUUCUUCCAUCCGAUCCAGCCGUGAACGGUGCGGGAGCUCUCCACUCCCACAAGCUCGCCACCCACGCUGUCUCCCGCCUGCAAGCCAUCCCCUCUGGAAGCAGCCUCGAUUUACUCUUCCAGGCGCUGGUGGAAGAAAUCCGGCUUCUUACCGGGUACGAUAGAGUCAUGGCGUAUAAAUUUCACGAGGACGAGCAUGGGGAGGUGAUAGCAGAGGACCGGAAACGCCCCCUGGAAUCCUACCUGGGACUCCACUACCCCUCCACGGAUAUUCCCAAGGCAUCGCGUAUUUUAUUCCUGAAGAAUCGGAUCCGCAUGAUCUGCGACGCGAAAUCGAAGCCGGUGAAAGUGGUGCAGGAGAGAGGGUUCUUGAAGCAGCCGGUGAGUUUGUCGACGUCUACCCUGCGGGCGGUGCAUGGGUGCCACGCUCAGUACAUGCAGAACAUGGGGAUUGCCGCGUCCCUCUGCCUCUCUAUUGUUCUGAGGGACCAGGAGGCGUUGCCGGCGGCGAUCGGGGGGAGAGCGGGCGGGGGAGGGGCGGAGGGGGAGGACGGGGGAGGAGGAGGGGAAGCAGGGGGAGCAGGGGGAGCAGGGGGAGCAGGGGGAGCAGGGGGAGUGUUGUCGACGCUGGAUGAGGUGAAGGGGAGGCGGCUGUGGGGGAUGAUUGUGUGCCACCACACGUCUCCGCGCUAUGUGCCCUUCCCUGUGCGCUCUGCCUGCGACUUCCUCAUGCAGGUGUUCACGCUGCAGUUAGCCAAGGAGCUGCAGCUGCAGGCGCAGCAGAGGGAGCAGCAGAUCCUGCAGCUGCAGACGCAGCUGUGCCAGAUGAUGCUCGCCAACGCCCCCUUCCACGCCCUCAUGUCUCCCGACGCCCGCCCCUCGGUGCGCGACUUGGUGGAGUGUGACGGCGCUGCGCUGCUGGUGGAUGGGGAGUUCUACUCCUGUGGGACCGCACCCACCAAGGAACAGGUUCUGUCGAUCAUCGAGUGGAUCCAAACGGCCCACCCCAACACCACCGGACUCACCAUCGACAGCCUCCUCGCUGCCGGCUAUCCCCAUGCAGCCUCCCUCGGGGACUCCGUCUGCGGCGUAGCAAUGGCCCAGAUCGGCGAGUCCGACUUCAUCCUGUGGCUGAGAUCGCACGUGCAGAAGCAGAUCCACUGGAGCGGCGCGAAGCAGAAGCCGGGAAAGGCACCCAAGGACGAUAUCAAGAAGAUGAACCCGCGGCAGUCGUUUGAGGCGUUUCUGGAGGUGGUGAAGCAUCGGUCGGCGCCGUGGCAGGACCUGGAGGUGGACGCGAUCCACUCAGUGCAGAUCAUUCUCAGGGACGCUGUUCACAGGAUGCGCCUCGGGGUGCCUGUCGGGGGAGGAGGCGGGGGCGCUGCUGCCGAGAUGGCACUCUCCCCAGAGGAGCUCGACAAGCUCUAUGCAGCCACGUUCGAUCAGCUCGUGCAUUUCAUCGAGACGGCGUCUGCGCCGAUCCUGGCCGUUGAUCGCGAGGGGUGCAUCACAGGGUGGAACAACAAGGUGGCGACGCUCACAGGGCUGCCCUUCUCGGCUGCCAUCGGCAAGUCCCUUGUGGACGAUCUAGCAGACGUGCAGUCCAAGACUCAACUCCAUGCUGCCCUUGACCUCGCCUUUCAGGGGCGUGAGGCCCACAACAUUCAGCUGCGCUUGCACUUAUGGGGAACAGAGCGCAGCCUCUCCGGCCCCUCAGCACGCAGCGCCAGCACUGGCAGUGCCGCCGCUGCCGCUGCGACAGCUGGUAGCACCACUGCUGGUGCCGGAGCCGAGGCCCUUGGGAUUGACGUGGGGUCGUCUGUGAUCCUAUUGGCCAACACGUUUGUGAGCCGCGACGCGCAGCAGGAGGUGCAGGGGGUGUGCUUCGUGGGGCAGGACGUGACGGUGGAGAGGGCGGUGAACGACCGGUUCAGGAAGGUCAAGGGGGAUUAUGAGGCCAUUGUGCACGCACACAGCUCCCUCAUCCCCCCCAUCUUCGGCUGCGAUGAGUUUGGGCUGUGCACGGAGUGGAACGCGGCAAUGGAACAAGUGACAGGGUUCACGCGCUUUGAGGUGUGGGAGCGCAUGCUGAUAGGGGACGUCUUUGGCUCGCUCUGCCGCAUGGAGAGCGGCGACGCCAUGACGAAGCUCAUGAUUGUGAUUAGCAAGGCCAUGGCCGGGCACGAGGCCGUCAAGGUCCCCUUCUCCUUCCUCAACCGCCAGAGAACCCUGAUGGAGCUGCUGCUAUCUGUCCAUCCCAGGCACUCAGCGGACGGCAACUCAGUGGUGGGCGCCUUCUGCUUCCUCCACACGGCCUCUCUUGAACUCCGGCAAGCCGUCGACCGGCAGAAGACCGCCGAAAAGCUAGCCUCAGACAAGGCGAGGCAGGUGGCGUACGUGAGGGAGAUGAGCCGUGGGCCGUUGGACGGGCUGGCGUACUCAUUUGCGCGGAUGGAGCAGAUGGGGGCGGGGUUCUCGGGGAAGCAGCUGCCGUGGGUGCGCACGGGCGUGGCGUUGGAGAUGCAGCUGAGGAAGAUUGUGAGCGACACUGACAUGCUCGCCAUCGAACAGGGCCAAGCACCGCUCGCCACGCUGCCAUUCACCAUGGAGACGGUGUGUGGCGCAGUGAUCAGCCAGGCCACGCUGCUGGCCACACGCAAGGGCGCCAAGCUGACGCUCGAGCUGGGCAGUGACGUCAAGAUGCUGCCGCUAUGUGGCGAUGCACCGAGGCUGCAGCAGAUCCUGGGAGGGCUGCUGUGCGCUGCAGUGAGCCACACGCAAGCCACAGGGCUGGUGAAGCUGGAGGUGACUCAAAAGGGGUCUCGGCUCUUCCGAGGAACAACCACCAUGGCAGAACUCGAUAUAAGAAUCUCCCACACGGGUCGGGGUCUACCAGAGGAGAUCAUCAACCAGAUGUUUGACUCCAAUGCUGCCACCACCUCUACCGCCACCGGCACCACCACCACCGCCACCACCCCCACUGCUGCCAGUGCUUCUGUUUCUGCUGGCGAUAGAAGCUUUGGCCGGGCGAGCAGCGACGGUGGGGGCAGUGUCGGAGGGAUGAGUGUAGGAGGCACGAGCACUGGGAGCGGUGCGUUAAGGAGCAACGCAGAGGGCGUGUCGCUGAGCCUUAUAAGGAGGAUGUUAAAGAGUAUGAAGGGCGAGGUGGUGUAUACGAGGGAGACCGGGCGGUGCUUCUUCUGGGUGCAUGUGGACUUCCCCUUGUCCUCGGCUUUAAGAUGGGGCGGUGCUGCUGCUGCUGCUGGCGGUGCUGCUGGCAGUGUUGCGGUUGCAGCUGGUGCUCCUGCUGCCCUUUAG